AUGCACCUUGAACAGACACCAGUAGCUCCGAUGGUUCCACCACCACCGCCACAACGUCAGCAUUCGUCGCUAACAACAGCUGCAAGAUGCUUCCGCAUGGUACUCGAUUACUUUAUCAAGGAGAUAGACGAUCCCAUGGCAGAAAGGAAGGCCGACGCACUUUUGGUAGCAGCAUCAGUGAUCGCCGCCAUGAAUUACCAGGCGGCUAUCAGCCCACCUGGUGGCUCAUACCAAGAUACAAUUAACCAUCCAAACGGAACGAUGAAAUACGAAGCUGGACAAGCAAUCGCUGCAUAUGUUUCUCCAAACGAGUAUAGACGAUUCUCCUUUGCUAACACCAUUUCCUUCACUUUUUCAAUGACCACCAUGUUUCUGUUUCUUUCGGGUUUAUCCUUGAAACGAAGAAUCUUCUCAUUGCUUCUGACGGCAUCCAUGUUUGCUACGAUUACGGCCACCACAUACAGUUAUAAGAUGGCAAUGGAGGCUACGACGCCGGACCAUGAUGAGUUGAAAGCCGGCUGGAUCUUCAUAAACCGGUUAGUGACAGGGGCCCUGAUUAUAUGGUUUGUGCUUGCUGGUACCACUAUAGCCGUCUUUGUGGGGAUGUUACUGAAACCUCCGUUAACAGCUGCUUAUCGUUGGGCUACCCUGAAAAUCUGA